AUGUCGUCUAACGAGGAUCAGGUGGUGCCUCAGUUCGAGUCGCCCAUUCCCAUUGAGAAUGGCAAACAGCUUUCCAUGGUAGUUGUGUGCACGCUCUCCAUCGUCAUUCCUUCCGUCUUUGUCGGCCUGCGUCUGUACGCGCGAACCAUGACCAGUCGGUCCUUGGGCAUGAGCGACUACUUCAUCCUCAUCGGUCUGGUUUUCAAUAUCGGACUCCAAAUCGAUUGUCUGCUCAUGGUCCUCCACGGCGGCUUCGGGUUCCAUCUCAUGGAUGUCGCCCAGCGCUUCGGGCCCGAUACGCUCACUUAUUUCUUCAAGGCAAUCAUGGCAUUUUGCAUACUCUGGAACGUGGCAAUUUGCUUCAGUAAGCUCUCGGUGCUCUGGCUGUACACGACCUUGAUGCCCAUGAAGAAGAUGCUCUACCCUGCCGCCGGUCUCGGCAUUUUCAUCAUUCUGUGGAACACGGGUAAUAUUCUGGGACAGCUUCUCAUCUGCAAGCCGUUUGCCAUGAACUGGGAUCAGACCAUUCCCGGUGGCAAGUGCGGAAGCCAGCGUGACUUUUAUUUCGUCAUGGGCGUCUUCAACAUCAUCACCGAUGUCUUGAUUUUGGGUCUACCCAUGCCAUUCCUUUACAGUCUACACCUUCCAAUGAUGAAGAAGCUGGUCUUGAUUGGCAUGUUUGCCAUUGGCAUAAUGACAUGCGCGAUAUCCAUCUACCGCCAGAUCACGCUGCCUGGACUCGACUUCCGUGACAUGACCUACACUGGACUGUUGGCAACCUUGUUCUCGGCGCUCGAGCCAGCCGUCGCCAUCACGCUGGCCUGCAUCCCGUACCUCCGACCUCUUCUCGGACGAUUCGCGACGCCCACAACAACCUCGAACUACAAGAUCACUGGGGACAAGAGCAUUGGAAGGAGCAGCCGGGCCAGGGCGUUUGAGGAGCUCAAUGACGCCGAUGGCUCUGGCUCGGAAGUCCAGCUGCAGACCAUGGACCCGGGGUUCUCGGUUGAGGCCUCUCCGCCACAGUCCAACGCAACGAAGCCUCGGAAAAAUACCAUUGUAGUGGAGAGAAAGUGGGAGGUCAGCUCUAGUGUAUAA